AAAGUGGGUGUGACUGGUGGUGGUGGCCCGGCCGACUCAUCGCUCGUUGUCAGUUGCCGGCGUUCGUAGUGAUCGAAUCGCGUUCUCUGGUGCCCGACUGUCUCGAGUCUUCCCCGCAAAAAGACCAGCAGCAAUCUCGAAGUAGGAAACAAAAAUGUCGCAGCAACCGUAUUAUCCGUUCAAGUGCACUCCAACUGUUUACCCGGCCGAGCCGUUUGACGCAAACGCGGAUGCCGCUACUUUGCGCAAAGCGAUGAAAGGUUUCGGCACAGAUGAGAAAGCAAUAAUCGACGUGCUUACAAAGAGAGGUGUUGUACAGAGGCUGGAGAUUGCAGAGGCGUUCAAGACUCUGUACGGAAAAGAUUUGAUUAGCGACUUGAAGAGCGAAUUGACCGGAAAACUGGAAGAUGUGAUUGUUGCCCUUAUGACCCCACUGCCACAUUACUACGCUAAGGAGCUGCAUGAUGCAAUCAGCGGCAUGGGUACUGAUGAAGAGGCGCUCGUUGAGAUUCUAUGCACCUUGAGCAAUUACGGCAUUCGUACGAUCGCCACGUAUUACGAGAACUUAUACGGCAGAACGCUGGAGAGUGAUCUGAAGGGCGAUACUUCGGGUCACUUCAAGAGACUGAUGGUAUCUCUCGUGCAAGCAAACAGAGACGAGAACCAAGGAAUCGACCAUGCCCAGGCGGUUGCUGAUGCUCAAGCAUUGUACGAGGCCGGUGAAAAGCAAUGGGGAACGGACGAGUCUCAGUUCAACGCGAUUUUGAUAUCGCGCAGCUAUCAGCAAUUGCGACAGACGUUUAUUGAAUACGAGAAAAUAUCGGGACACGACAUCGAAGUCGCCAUUAAGAAGGAAUUUUCCGGCAGCGUUGAGAAAGGUCUACUUGGAAUAGUGAAAUGCGUAAAGUCGAAGGUUGGGUUCUUCGCCGAACGUUUAUACGCCAGUAUGCACGGCAUAGGCACAAAAGAUCGAACGCUUAUCCGUAUCAUCGUGUCCCGAAGCGAAAUCGAUUUAGGAGACAUUAAAAAAGCAUUUGAAGAACGUUUCGGAAAGUCAUUGGAAAGCUGGAUAGCUGGAGACACCUCGGGAGAUUACAAAAAGGCGCUUCUUUCUCUGGUUUCCACAUAACUUGAACAAAACACUGGAGAGUUUCACGUUGCACGUUUCUCUUUGUCUUAUUGAUGCAUUGCAAUUGUUGUAUCUAUAAAAAAGCAGUGUUAAAUGCGCUCGCACAAAGAUUCCAGCUUAAGUGCUUCAUGUACUAAUGAAGAUCUAGAAAAAAGAUCUUAUAUAUUUUAAUUAUUUUUGUAUUAAUUUUGGGAGAUUUUUUUAGUGUUACGGACAGGCCAGUAAAACUAAAGAAGAAUUUUACUUUCCACGACCCAUAUUUACACAAGUUAUAUUUAUAAAUUAUAUU